CCAACAUGAAGAAUCAACAUCAACUACAGAUGAAGAGACAGACCCACAGAACAGAGAUCAGAGGAAGAGAAGAGACAGAAGUUAUGUCCAAAGUGUGGACAGCUCUCACAUGUCAGCAAGUCAGUUGGACUCUGACGUUAGAAAAAGCUUCAAGAAGGCAACUUUGGUAAAGAAACGGAAACAAUCUUUAAACGACAAGAGACUAUCGUCUGUAGGGUCUGGUGAAAGCUCAAGAACUGUUAGUAAUCUCUUUGUCUAUACGGAAAAUGAAUCUGAUGACAGACUUUAUGUCUCUACAGAAAGUGGUAAAAAUGACUCGUCUAAGUUCCGAACUCACACAGAUGAGAGGCUUUUUUCUUGUAAAGAAUGUGCAAAAGUUUUUAGUACUGUAUCUAAUCUCAAAACACACAUGAGAACUCACACAGGAGAAAAGCCUUUUUCUUGUAAUGAAUGUAAAAAAGAUUUUAGUACUAUAUCGAAUCUCAAAACACACAUGAGAACUCAUACAGGAGAGAAGCCCUUUUCUUGUAAAGAAUGUGAAAAAGGCUUUAGUACUAUAUCUAAUCUCAAAACACACAUGAGAACUCAUACAGGAGAAAAGCCCUUUUCUUGUACAGAAUGUGCUAAACGUUUUAGUACUGUAUCUGAUCUCAAAAGACACUUGAGGACUCACAUAGGAGAGAAGCCUUUUUUGUGUAAAGAAUGUGAAACAAGUUUUAGUGAUCUAUCUCAUCUUACAAGACACAUGAGAACUCACACAGGAGAGAAGCCUUUUUUGUGUAAAGUAUGUGAUAAAAGUUUUAGUUGUGUAUCUUAUCUUAAAGCACACAUGAAAACUCACACAAAAGAGAAGCCUUUUUUGUGUAAAGAAUGUGAUGCGAGUUUUAAUCGAAUAUCUAACCUCAAAACACACAUGAGAACUCAUACAGGAGAGGAACAUUUUUUUUGUAAAGAAUGUGAUACAACUUUUAGUCAGAUAUGUAGUCUCAAAAGACACAUUAGAAUCCAUACAGGAGAGAAGCCCCUUUCUUGUAAAAUAUGUAAAAAAAGGUUUAGAGAUGUAUCUAGUCUGAAAAGACACAUGAGAACUCACACAAGAGAGAAGCCUUUCUAGACAAGAAUAUAAUUAAGCAUUAGGUGAAAAAAGUAAAUAUAUAAUGUAGAAAACUCCAUAGUGCCCACGCUAAUCUAAUUAAUGCCUAACUUUAGCCAAGACCCUACUGAGCCUUUGAAUUGCCACUUAGUCUCAGUCAGUAGAAUAAAAUAGAUUCUAAAGCACUUAACACAGCUGUCAACUGACAAGUUCUCUGGAGAUUCUUUUAUUUUCCAGCAGUACUUGGAUUAGUCCCAUUUUCCUAAAGGUACAUAAAUGUGCUUAAACCUAAACAUCAGUUACUGUGUUUGAUCAACUAACAAUGUCUCCUGACCUGAAUGAAAUAAAUAAAUAAAACAUGAACUGUGAAGAGGAAGAUGAGACCCCAAACCCAACAAUGAAGAUGACCUGAAGCUAUCAAGCAACCUGAGCAUGAACACAGAGCCACAGGCUAAAGGGUCUCCAUAUCACAUAGAUGCAUUCAUUCAAUUCAAAGGAGUAAGAAGUGAUUAUUGAAUGCAUAGAAAAGAACAGUUUGCUGAAAUCUGACUUAAGUGUUGAUUACAUCCUUUUUUAUUCUUCUGAUAUUCACAUUUCUAAGACACUAUUUUUUGGGUUUCAUCAACCUUAAGCCACUCUGAUCACAUUGUUCAAAAGAAAGGAUUGAUACAUUA